ACUUCAAUUCAUUCAAUUUUUGUCACUCUAAAGGUUUCAUAUUCGUGCAAACGCUGAAUAUUUAUAUUCCUGGCUGAACACAUCUUCAAACAUCUUUCGGAGAAAACAUAACUUGAAUUAGGUAGAUUCAAUUCUAGAAGCUACUUCUUCUUACUGUCCGCCAUGUAUGCUGACGGGAAUGCGACCGAUUUUCCCGAGGAGCCAACAGGAACAGCCGCGGCGGAAACGGAUGAUGAGAGACGUGGUCUCUACGCCCUACUCCUACCCCUGCUCCUCGUGGUCCUCAUCAUCACGACCAAUGGCCUCAGCCUGGCUGCAUUCGCUGUCGAGAAACGCCUCCGCGGAUACAACAACUACUUCAUCAUAAACCUUACAAUCUCCGACUUUCUCUUUGGAUUCCUACUAAUCGUUACGGCCAUACACAGUUUACUAAGCCGCUCUCCGCUCCCAAAUAACAUCGGGUGCAGGUUGUUCUACGGCGCCUUCUUCGUCAUCCAGAAUGUGUCGAAUCUGAUCGUUAUUGCAAUCUGCAUCGAUAGACACCGCGCAACCUACGAUCCCAUCGGGCACUUCACCACCAGGAGCAAGCGAAAGGCCAUCUACGCGAACGCCGCCGUGUGGGUUGUGUCGUUCCUCUUCUGGUUCUCCUUUGCCACUAUUCCCGAUUUCGUCCUGGACUACAACAAUGGUCCAAGUUGCUUCUUAUGGUACUACCUGAACCCGAUCGCUCACAUUGUACCCUUCUUUACCCGGUUCAUCAUACCUUUUGUGGUGAUAUUGAUUCUCUACGUACGGAUCUUCACCAAGAUUAUGAAGACAUCCGGUAGGAAGCACAUCGACAAGGAGUUUGGUGGUGACCUUAAACAGUCUUCAGGACAGGCCAACUCAGAUGGUGACGGUGACAAGAAACAGCGCCCUCAGAGCACAGCUGAGUCUGGUGGUCAGAAGGUAGCCAAGCGUGAAUCAGAAUCGGAGGUUCGCCGCGCAACAAAGACACUUCUCUUCAUCAUCAUCGCCUUCUUCAUCACGUGGUGCCCAAUAUCGAUCGUAUCCGUCAUAUAUUCGAUCGAACCGGCUCUCGUUCCCUCCAGCUGGAUUCAUUUGGUACCCGGGUGGCUGGUCUACGUGAACAGUCUACUCAAUCCGAUCUGUUACGUCGUCUCGCAGCCGCUCUUUCGGAAAACCGUAUUCGGUUUGAUCUGCCAUCCGACCCGUUAUUGCCGAGGGUAAUUGUACAGGCACGGAUAUCCAGGGGGCCCCAAGAAAGAUAUGUUUUUAUUUAGAAGGAUCUUAUAUUCUUCGUUUUCUGAUAUCGUGAAAUCAAUAAUAUCUUCAUAUUCUUAUCGGUCUUUUUUUUUUAAUGUCGCCGAUUUUAUUUCAGUAUAAUAGUACCAAAGUUCUACCAUUUGGCUGGUGUCUCCAAAGGAGGGAAUCUUUUGGAAUGAAAUUUCAAAUAAUCAAAUACAAUGAUUUAUUCGAGAUUUUGUUCAACCAAAUCACAAUUUGAAAUGAGAUAAAUGGGAUAGUGUUGGUACUCUCUCAUUAUUCCAAUAUUUAUGUAUAGUAAGAAAGCAUAAACGC